GACGCACACCGAAAGUCCCCACUUUGGGAGUGACUGAGUCCGUAACUGCAUUAAAAAACACGUGGAUGUCUGUUAUGGUCUGAAAAUGAAGACCCUGGUCUUCAUGGUCCUCCUGGGAACAGGUCUGCACGUCGCGGUGGUUUCAGUCAAACACUCCCUGAAGUAUUUCAUGACUGGGUCUUCUGGACUCCCGAACUUCCCGGAGUUUGUUGUCGUCGGUUUUGUUGAUGAUGUUCUGGUGGCUUCCUGCGACUCCGACAAAACGACACCAGAAGCGAAACAUGAUGGCGUGAAAAAGUUGUUCCAAAAUGAUCCUCAGCAUUUUGAGGUGUACAACCAAGCGUGUUUUAUAAGUCUGCCCAGCUUCUUUAAAGACACGAUGCAUACCUUGAAACAGCGCUUCAACCAAAGUGGAGGUGUCCACCUUUUGCAGAAAAUGUACGGCUGUGAGUGGGAUGAUGAGACUGGAGAGAUUAAUGGAUUUAACCAGUACGGUUAUGAUGGAGAGGACUUGAUAUCAUUUGACCUGAAGACGAUGACAUGGAUCACACCAAAACCACAGGCUUUCAGCACCAAACUGAGCUGGGAUGCUGACAAAGCAAGAAUAAAAAACAAUGAGAUACGCCUCAUUCAGAUUUUCCCUGAGUGGUUGAAGACGUAUUUGGCUUAUGGCAACAGCUCUCUGCUGAGGACAGAUCUUCCCUCAGUGUCUCUCCUCCAGAAGACUCCCUCCUCUCCAGUCAGCUGCCACGCUACAGGUUUCUAUCCUGAGAGAGCCACACUCAGCUGGAGGAACGAUGGAGAGGAGCUUCAUGAGGACGUGGAGCUCGGAGAGAUCCUCCCCAACCACGAUGGAACCUUCCAGAUGAGUGCUGAGCUGAAGCUUUCAUCAGUCACACCUGAAGACUGGAGCAGGUACACCUGUGUGUUUCAGCUCUCAGGUGUGAAGGAGAUCGUCACCAAACUGGACAAAGCAGACAUCAGGACCAACUGGGUUCCUCCCUCAGAGUUUCCUACUGGUGCAGUUGUUGGAGUUGUUGUAGGACUUCUGCUGCUGACACUCUGCAUCUCUGGACUCCUCAUGCGGAGAAGGAACAGAACUGGAUUCAGACCAGCAGAGACUCCUGACGACGACUCUGAGGCCUCUGAGAACCUGAAUCUAAGACCUGUUGACAAACGCACUGGAUGAGUUCCUGCAUGUGACUUGUAUCACAUUAUGCAGCUUCACAGAAGUAAAAGAGACUGAAAGAUGACUUCCUGCAAUGAAAGUGUCAUAGUACGUAUGAUUCAUUUGCCUAAGGCAUAAAUAGUUGUCACUUGAUGUCACUUUAUCCAUUUCUAUUUGAUAUUUAAAAUCAGUUGUAAAAACUGUGUCCAACAUUUUCAUGAAUCUUUAUGUUGCCAAACCAAAUGAGUUCCUAACUGGAGCCUGUUGGUGAGGCUGGUUGAACCUGAUAGACGGUGAUGGUGGUUGGACUGAGCGAGUCAAAGCUUUCUCAUGAAGUUUCCUAUCAAGUCAGUCAGUGUAGUUUAGCAGCAGAGCAGAUACAAUGUAGAUACAAGACCGCAGAGCGUCUGCUGUUUGCUCUGGUGAGUGAAGGACUUAAAGGCAGCUUGAGGACACGUCCGGUUGGUGUUAUGUUCAAAACAUCAUUAACAUGAAUACUGGGCUUCCAUGGCAACGCUCAGCCAGCCAAGUGUCCACCUUUUUAUUUUGUAUUGAUGGACAUAAAUGGAUGAGAAAAUCGAAUGUAUUGCUCUUUUGUUUUGCGCCUCACUUUUCAAUAAAGUCCACAACUUUCAAAUGUCUGUCUC